GGGAAAAGGCUCAUUCCGUAUCUGUCGUCACCAUGACGCCAUCUUCCUCCAGUUGUUGUUAGCUUACUUGCUAAGGAGGCUAUAUUUAUCACCAGCAUUUACCAGUCGCAGCUGGGUCAGUGUAGGUUGGCGCAGCGUCUCCUUUUCUUGCCGUCGCCAUGGACGAUGAAUAUUACGGAGGGGCAGGAGACUGGGAGAGCUCGGAGGGACCGCUGGAGGAUGGGUACGAUGAGGAAAAUGAUGGAAAAGUUCAGGAGGACUGUCUGCUGAAAUUCUCCAGCAGAGACUACAUCAUGGAGCCUGCAAUAUUCAACACCCUCAAAAGAUAUUUCCAAGCAGGCGGCUCUCCAGAACACGUCAUCCAGCUUCUCUCGGAGAACUACUCUGCUGUUGCACAGACUGUUAAUCUGCUGGCAGAGUGGCUCAUUCAGAUGGGUGUAGAACCGGCUCAGGUCCAAGAGCGAGUAGAAAACCACCUUAAGAGUCUCCUGAUAAAGCACUUUGACCCCCAGAAAGCCGACUCCAUCUUCACGGUGGAGGGAGAGACUCCAGCUUGGCUGGAGCAGAUGAUAGCACACACAACAUGGAGGGAUCUCUUCUAUAAGCUGGCAGAGGCUCACCCCGACUGCCUGAUGCUCAACUUCACCGUAAAGCUCAUUUCUGAUGCGGGCUAUCAGGGAGAGAUCACCAGCGUUUCCACAGCGUGUCAGCAGCUGGAGGUUUUCUCCCGGGUGCUGAGGACGUCUUUAGCCACGCUGCUCGACGGAGGAGAAGAAAACCUAGAGAAGAACCUGCCAGAGUUUGCUAAGAUGGUGUGUCACGGUGAACACACGUACCUGUUUGCCCAGGCCAUGAUGUCCAUCAUGGCUCAGGAGGAGCAGGGCGGCUCCGCUGUUCGUAGGAUCAGCCAGGAGGUCCAGAAGUCGGCGCAUCAGAGGGGUCAUGAUGCCAGUCAGAUAACCCUUGCUCUUGGUACGGCAGCAGCCUACCCUCGAGCCUGCCAGGCUUUGGGUGCCAUGUUGUCUAAAGGAGCCCUGAAUCCUGCCGACAUCACGGUUCUCUUCAAGAUGUUCAGCAGCAUGGACCCUCCUCCUGUGGAGCUGAUCAGGGUGCCCGCCUUUCUGGACCUUUUCAUGCAGUCACUUUUUAAGCCUGGAUCAAAAAUAAACCAGGACCACAAACACAAAUACAUCCACAUCUUGGCUUAUGCUGCCAGUGUGGUUGAGACAUGGAAGAAGAACAAGAGAGUUAACAUCAAUAAAGAGGAGUUGAAGACAACAUCCAAGGCCAUUGAGACCGUGCACAACCUCUGCUGCAAUGAGAACAAAGGAGCGACGGAGCUGGUGGCUGAGCUCGGCACUUUAUACCAAUGCAUCCGGUUUCCAGUGGUUGCCAUGGGAGUUUUGAAGUGGGUGGACUGGACCGUCUCAGAGCCCCGCUACUUCCAGCUGCAGACAGACCACACCCCGGUCCAUCUAGCCCUACUAGACGAGAUCUGCACGUGCCACCAGCUGCUGCACCCGCAGGUCCUGCAGCUGCUCAUCAAGCUCUUUGAGACGGAGCACUCUCAGCUGGACGUCAUGGAGCAGCUGGAGCUGAAGAAGACUCUGCUGGACCGAAUGGUUCACCUCCUGAGCCGCGGCUACGUCCUGCCGGUCGUCAGCUACAUCCGCAAGUGUCUGGAGAAACUCAACACGGACAUCUCCCUCAUUCGAUACUUUGUCACUGAGGUGCUGGAUGUGAUCGCUCCUCCAUACACGUCGGUCUUCGUGCAGCUCUUCCUGCCCAUCCUGGAGAACGACAGCAUCGCAGGAACGAUCCGCACAGAGGGAGAACACGACCCGGUCGCCGAGUUCAUUGCUCAUUGCAAGUCAAACUUCAUCAUGAUUAACUGAAAACGAUGCUGGAAAACCCGAAGGAGACGCUUUCUGUGAGAAUCCAGGGUUCAGCCUGGUCUCAGCUCGGACUUUGAGGAGGCACAAACGGAUGUCUCUGAAGAUGUUUGGGGUUUUUUCCCCCUACAUGUAUUUCUUAUUUCAUCUAGCUUCAUGCUUUUUCACAAUAAAAAUGCUUGAGUAUU